UGAGAGUUAUAAUAAUGGCGUGGCCGCGGCGGGGGGCUGCCGCUCUCUGCCCAUGUCCGGCAUCAGAAAACCACCUGUAAACAUCGACGAAGAGUUUAUCAGCGAUUGGUUAAAGUAAUUCAACGGACGUUAUAAUGUAACCGGACGGAGUAAAUCUCCGCUGAGAGCCUGCUUUACAAACUGUGUCAAAGUAUUGGAUUUUCGCUGGAAGCGCUUUGCCAUGUCGUUACUGUGUGUCAGAGUGAAGAAAGCCAAGCUCCAAGGACCUCCAGACAAGUUCAACACCUAUGUGACGCUGAAGGUGCAGAAUGUCAAAAGCACAACGAUCACUGUGCGGGGCGAGCAGCCCUGCUGGGAACAGGAUUUUAUGUUUGAGAUCAACCGGCUGGACCUCGGCCUCAUUGUUGAGGUGUGGAACAAAGGCCUCAUCUGGGACACCAUGGUGGGGACCGCCUGGAUUCCCCUAAAGAGUAUCCGACAAUCAGAGGAGGAGGGCUCAGGUGAGUGGCUUUUCCUGGAUGCAGAGGUUCUGAUGAAGGCGGAUGAGAUAUAUGGCACCAAGAACCCAACACCCCAUCGAGUCCUGAUGGAUACUCGCUUCGAGCUGCCUUUUGACAUCCCAGAUGAUGAGGCACAGUACUGGACAGGCAAGCUGGAACGUAUCAAUACCAUGAGAAUCCAUGAUGAGUACCCUAUUCAGGAUGACGUUCAGAGUCGCCCACUGCCAUUUGCAGCAUCCCAGUGCUCUCUAGAUGACCAGGACAGUGCUGUAGAUGACCGGGACAGUGACUACCGCAGUGAGACUAGUAACAGUCUGCCUCCACGUUACCACACAACGGCUCAGCCCAACUCCUCCAUGCACCAGUACCCCAUGGGGCCUCGGCUGCAGCAACACCCAGACUCCUGCACGGACUCUGUCCACAGUUUUGACCUGGACUACAGAGACCAGAGAGGAAGCAGUCCAGUGGAAAGUAGUCGUUUUGGGUCAUCAGGAAACCUGAGCCAGACCAGCUCCCAGCUUAGUGAGACUGGCCAGGAGAGCACUGCAGGGUCAGAACUGGAGGAGUCAUUCCACUCCUAUCACAGUACUGGCUUUCACCCCUCCACCAACGGGCAGCCACGCACAAAUGGACAUCUUCCCGCCAAUGGACACUCUAUGAUUGGUGAGCAGGAAGUACAUAGGCUGUCCCCUGAAGUAGGACGGGGCCUGAAAAAUGACACCCCAGCAGAGAGAGGGUCCUCUAAACUUCAAAGGUUCCAUGAUGAUGGGCCGCCAUUACCCUUCACCCCAUCCAGAGUUCGUUGGUUGAAGGCCAUCAAUAAAGUCAGGGUUCAGCUCCGGGAGGUUCGAGAUGAAGAACCCAAUGUUAGACAGGCCUGGGUCAAACCAGGAGGCGGAUCUGGUCUGUAUGGAAUUGACAGCAUGCCAGACCUGCGUAAAAAGAAGCCCAUUCCCUUGGUCAGCGAUGUGUCCCUCGUCCAAGCCAGGAAGGCGGGGAUCGCAUCUGCUAUGGCUGCACGGUCCUCAAUCAAGGAUGAGGAGCUGAAAAACCAUGUGUACAAGAAGACCCUGCAGGCUCUCAUCUAUCCCAUAUCGUGCACUACACCGCAUAACUUUGAAGUGUGGACCGCCACCACGCCCACAUACUGCUAUGAGUGUGAGGGGCUGCUGUGGGGGAUUGCCCGCCAAGGCAUGCGUUGCUCCGAGUGUGGCGUCAAGUGCCACGAGAAGUGCCAAGAGCUGCUGAAUGCUGACUGUCUACAGCGUGCUGCGGAGAAGAGCUCCAAGCAUGGAGCUGAAGACAGGACUCAGAAUAUCAUCAUGGCCAUGAAGGACAGGAUGAAGAUCAGGGAAAGGAACAAACCAGAAAUCUUUGAACUUAUCAGGGAAGUGUUUGUCAUCAGCAAAGCCAUCCACGCUCAGCAGAUGAAGACCAUCAAACAGAGCGUGCUGGACGGCACCUCAAAGUGGUCAGCCAAGAUCACCAUCACAGUCGUUUGUGCCCAAGGACUUCAGGCGAAAGACAAGACAGGAUCCAGUGAUCCAUAUGUCACUGUUCAGGUGGGCAAGACCAAGAAGAGAACCAAGACCAUUUAUGGCAACCUCAAUCCGGUGUGGGAGGAGAAGUUCCACUUCGAGUGCCACAAUUCCUCCGACCGAAUCAAAGUGCGUGUGUGGGACGAGGAUGAUGACAUCAAGUCGAGGGUGAAGCAGCGCCUCAAGAGGGAAUCUGAUGAUUUCCUCGGUCAGAGUAUUAUUGAAGUUCGAACACUAAGUGGAGAAAUGGACGUCUGGUACAACCUGGAGAAGAGGACAGACAAGUCAGCCGUGUCGGGUGCCAUUCGCCUCCAAAUCAACGUGGAGAUCAAGGGAGAGGAGAAAGUGGCUCCAUAUCAUGUGCAGUACACAUGUUUGCAUGAGAACCUGUUUCACCAUUCCACUGAUAUGCUUGGCCAAGGUGUGGUGAAAAUCCCAGAGGCUCGUGGAGAUGACGCGUGGAAAGUCUACUACGACGAUGUGGCGCAGGAAAUAGUGGACGAGUUCGCCAUGCGUUACGGGAUUGAGUCAAUCUACCAGGCCAUGACGCACUUUGCAUGUCUGUCGUCUAAGUACAUGUGUCCCGGGGUUCCUGCAGUGAUGAGCACCCUGCUGGCCAAUAUCAAUGCAUUCUACGCCCACACAACCGCCUCCACCAAUGUGUCCGCCUCUGACCGCUUUGCUGCCUCCAAUUUCGGGAAAGAACGUUUUGUCAAGCUCUUAGACCAGUUACACAACUCCCUUCGUAUUGACCUCUCGACAUACAGGAACCACUUCCCUGCCAGCAGCAAGGAUCGCCUGCAGGAUUUAAAAUCCACUGUGGAUCUUCUAACCAGCAUCACCUUUUUCAGGAUGAAGGUCCAGGAGUUACAGUCUCCGCCCAGAGCCAGCCAGGUCGUGAGGGACUGUGUCAAGGCCUGUCUCAACUCGACGUAUGACUACAUCUUCAACAACUGCCACGAGCUGUACAACAGACAGUACCAGCCUGUGGACACAAACAAGGAGGAGCUCCCUCUGGAGGAGCAGGGCCCGAGCAUCAAGAACUUGGACUUCUGGCCCAAACUCAUCAUGCUCAUCGUCUCUAUCAUUGAAGAGGACAGAAACUCCUACACACCCGUGCUCAACCAGUUCCCUCAGGAACUGAGCGUAGGGAAGGUGUCGGCAGAGGUCAUGUGGACACUCUUUGCUCAGGACAUGAAAUACGCUAUGGAAGAUCACGAGAAACACAGACUGUGUAAGAGCACCGACUACAUGAACCUGCACUUUAAGGUCAAGUGGCUCUACAAUGAAUAUGUCAAGGAGCUGCCGAACGUUAAGGGUGUUGUUCCAGACUACCCAUCAUGGUUCCUACAAUUUGUGCUGCAGUGGUUGGAUGAAAAUGAAGACGUCUCUAUUGAGUUCAUGCAUGGAGCCCUGGAGAGAGACAAAAAAGAUGGAUUUCAGCAGACGUCUGAGCAUGCUCUGUUCUCCUGCUCCGUGGUGGACAUCUUCACCCAGCUCAACCAGAGUUUUGAGAUCAUCAAGAAACUGGAAUGUCCAGACCCCAGCGUCAUGGCUCAGUACAGCCGCCGCUUCUCCAAGACAAUUGCCAAAGUCCUUCUGCAGUACAGUGCCAUUCUGACCAAGAGCUUUCCUUCUUAUAUUGACAAGGAGAAGAUUCCUUGUGUCCUGAUGAAUAAUGUGCAGCAGUUAAGAAUCCAGCUGGAGAAGAUGUUUGAGUCGAUGGGUGCCAAACAGAUGGACACCGAGGCCAGCGACUUACUGAACGACCUGCAGGUGAAGCUGAACAACGUGCUGGAUGAGCUCAGCAGUACAUUUGGAAACAGUUUCCAGAGCCGCAUCAACGAUUGCAUGCGCCAGAUGGCGUCUCUGCUGUACCAGAUCAAAGGACCGCUCAACGCCAACAACAAAAACCAGGUGGAUGCCGACUCUGAUAAUAUGCUGAGGCCUCUCAUGGAUUUCCUGGAUGGAAAACUGACUCUGUUCGCCACUGUCUGUGAGAAGACCGUACUGAAGCGUGUGCUCAAGGAGCUGUGGAGGAUGGUAAUGAGCAGCCUGGAGAAGACGAUUGUCCUGCCGCAGGGCAACGAUACCUUUGGAGCACAGAUCCUCUCAGCUGCAAAAGAACUUGGUCAGCUCUCCAAACUUAAGGAUCACAUGGCAGGGGAGCCUAAAAGCCUGUCUCCCAGACAGUGUGCUGUCAUGGAUGUUGCACUGGACACUAUCAAGCAAUACUUCCACGCAGGAGGCAACGGGCUAAAGAAGGCGUUCCUGGAGAAGAGUCCUGAGCUGUCCUCACUACGCCACGCUCUGUCCCUCUACACCCAAACAACAGACACACUCAUCAAGACCUUUGUCACCACCCAGCAUGCACAAGUGCACAAUGGAAAGGGUAUUAGGUUAACCCCCAAUGAAAAAAUACAGCCCAGCAGGGGUGCGGGCGUGGACAAGCCGAUAGGUGAGGUGUCUGUCCAGAUUGAGCUGUACACUCAUCCUGGGAGUGGGGAGCGAAAAGUUACCGCCAAAGUCAUGGGAGCCAGUGAUUUAAAAUGGCAGACGUCUGGCAUGUUCCGGCCCUUCGUGGAGAUCACCAUGAUCGGGCCUCACCUGAGCGACAAGAAACGCAAAUUCCAGACCAAAUCGAAGAACAACAGCUGGUCUCCCAAGUUCAAUGAGACCUUCCACUUUGUUCUGGGUAACCAGGAUGGCUUCGAGUGUUAUGAGCUGCAGGUCUGCGUCAAAGACUACUGUUUUGGCCGUGCCGACCGAGUGGUGGGCUUGGUCGUGAUACAGUUAAGAGACAUCAUGGAGAAGGGCAACUGCGCCUGCUGGUGCCCGCUGGGACAACGCAUCCACAUGGACGACACCGGCCUCACCGCCAUGCGAAUCCUCUCCCAGCGCUCCAACGACGACGUGGCCAAGGAGUUCGUGAGGCUGAAGUCAGAAACGCGGUCGGCCGAGGAGGGCAGAUGAGGAGAGCCGAGAGACGGAGAGAGAGAGAGAGAGAAAGACAGAAAGGAUGGAAGGUCUCCUGAUUUCAGAAUGAGAGAAGGAUCUGAUGAGACAGUUUUGUCAAAAAGCAGGGAAUUGUUAUCCUUAGCUCGCCAAGUGGACUCUUUCUUAGACCUUUGAUGUGUCUUAGCUGCUGUUGACUGUUUGGUUGCGCCUUGCCAAGCUCACUGACACACUGUCACGUUCAACACUCUGGGUAUUUUUGGACAAACACUCAACUUUUCCAUUUCCCUGAAACACUCACGUUAUUGACAGAGGUACUGUACAGCACAGAACCACGCAGACACCGGCUCAUUAACCUUCACACUCACCAGCUGUUUCACCAGGCAGUGACCACCUACCCAGUCACUUGACUUGUUGUUUUUUGUUAGUUUUUUUUUUAACCCCCUGUCCCCAUAAGCUGGAGUGGCACAGUGCGCACGCCACAGCCUCAAGGGAACAGAGGAUGCCGCCCCCCCCAAGGGGCCAAACAAGUUCCCACACCUUCCAAGUGUUGUUGUGCAAUAACCCCCCCCACCCCUGAACCCCCCCCGCCCUCAAACUGUGGCCAUGUGUUUGAUGCCUUACACUCUGCAAACUGUGAAUGUGUGUGAAGUAAAGAGGUCUCUUGUGAGCGCCCUGUUCGGUAGCUCCACUGUGAUGGUCUGAGUAAAUGUGAAAAUACUGUAUGGUUUAUCUCAUAAAGAGCUCUUUUGUUCGAUGAAUGAAUGGCUGGUAGCUAGGCAACAGUCCUAGUCAAUUAUUGAACAGAGUGCAAGAGAAGAUGAUUAAAUAUUUCACCGGUUAAUCAUGUAGAGAUAAUGCUUCAGCAGAAGGUACUUCAUUAAUAACCUUUUGAUUUUACCCCUUGAUUUAAAUAAUUGAUCAGUUAAAUGUGUGCCUUGCUAUGUUAAGUUUGCAUUCUUUUUUUAUUUUACCCAGGAGAGACGACAGUCACAUGAUCAGUAUAUAAAUUAACAGCAAAUAUGAUUUAAAUCAAAAACAGAGUGGACAUUCACUGUGUAUGUUAAAGGAGAGUCCUGUUUCGGCCAUAUUUGUUUAUAAGCUCAAUUAACAACUCUUGGCUCACGUGGCCUAGUGUGACCAUGAUGGUGCAGCCAUUUUAUUUAUAUCUUUUUUUUUUUUUUUUUUUUUAUACGUAUUUAUUGCUAUUUGUGCUUUUCAAAGCUGGCGAUUUAAAAUGUUGUUUACUGCUGGGAACUGACAUGUUUGCCACAACAGUGUGUUUGAGAAUUUUGCACAAUCUGAACGAGUUGUUUCUGUAGCGUCGUACGCGUAAACAAGAUGAGUUCAACACCCUGCGAAUAAAGUGAAAACCAAGUGUUUUGUUAUGAAAGUAAAAGGUAUUUUUCGUUUGUAGUAAAGAAAUAUUACAGGUUGGACUUUCAGGUUACAACUUUUUCUUCCUUAAAAAAAAACAAAACAAAAAAAACAAAAAACGAUAUCUGAUAAGGAGUGUAGAACUAUUUAUGGUUUACAUAUCUCUUCCUGCUCUGUUUUCUUCUACUUCUUUUUAGUGGCCUUAUACUUUGAUGAAAAAACAAACUAAAUAUGUGUAUCUCUGAAUUCCUUUUUUUUUUUUUUUAUCUGUGUAUUUCCUUUGGCUCUCAGAAAAUGAGGACUGGCCACUUUUUUUUUUGCCCACAAUGAUGUCAAAUGAGUUUUUCCAAGUGAUGCUCCUUAUUAUUUUGUACUUUUUAUCUUCGAAGAUAUUGCAAUCGUUGUAACUGUAUGUAGGCUGGGUUUUCUUUGCCGUCUUGUUUUAUUUUGUGUCACGUUUUGUAAAUAUUUCCCAUAAUUAAUCCUCUUUAAUAGUUUGGGGACGAUGUCAAUCGCUGUAUUGUAAGAUACAUUUGAGUUUUAUGGACAGAGAUAAUAUGCAGUGAGAUGUGUGCCAGUGAAUUUGUUCAUAACUGAUGGAGAAAUAUUAAAAUGUUACACUUAAUGAAGGAUGGGUAUUGCUAUAGUAUGAGAACCUCAAUGUGUGCACAUUUUUAAACCAGUCACAUCAUGUAGAAACCACUCAAUCAGAUCCCUCUUUGUUACACACUAACCCCUGUGAAUAAUUUAUGUUAUUGCUUUAUGAGGGCAAAUAUCUCACAGCCAUUCUGUAAUAUACAUGUUCCUUGUGUGCCAAGUUGCAAGUGUUCACUUUUGUUUGUUUUUUUUUUUUUUUAUUUCUGCAUUUUCUAAAUUUGUUAACCCUUGCACUUUCACUAAAUCACUGCAAUAGUUAACAAGUACAGUAUAUCAGUCACCGCAACUGCAUUUUUGUGAUGUUUUCUUUGUAUUGUCACGACUCUGAACUGUUGUUGUCAUCAUGUAAACAUUCCAGUUAAUGAAUUUUGUAUAAAGUAUUUGAGAGGUAUCUAUAAA